CCUGUGUGUUUUGACCUAAACUUGUUGAGCUUCUUUUUUUUGUUGUGCAUGCAUUCAUCCUUUUUCUCUUCUUUUAACAACCACUACCUAAUCAUAUCCACACACACACACACAUUAAUCAUGUCUAUCACAAACAUUUUGGCUCGUCAAAUCUUUGACUCUCGCGGUAACCCAACCGUUGAAGUGGACCUUUGGACCGCAAAAGGUCUUUUCCGCGCUGGUGUUCCAAGUGGUGCUUCCACUGGUGUUCACGAAGCAUGUGAAUUACGUGACGGUGACAAGAAAGCAUACAUGGGCAAAGGUGUUUUGAAAGCAGUUGACAACGUUAACAGCGUCAUCUGGCCAGCAUUGAAAGAUGCAGGUUUGAAAGUUACAGAACAAAAACAAAUUGAUGACUUUUUGAUCAAAUUGGACGGUACACCAAACAAGACAAAACUUGGUGCAAAUGCAAUCUUGGGUGUUUCAAUCGCUGUUGCCAAAGCUGGUGCUGAAGAAAAUGGUGUUGCCCUUUACAAGCACAUCGCUGCUUUGUCAGGCGUCAAGGCUCCUUACAUCUUGCCUGCUCCUGCCAUGAACGUCAUCAACGGUGGUUCCCACGCAGGAAACAAGUUGGCUCCUCAAGAAUUCAUGAUUGUCCCAACUGGUGCCAAGACCUUCACUGAAGCAAUGAAGGUCGGUACUGAAGUCUACCACAACCUCAAGAAGGUCAUCCAAGCCCGCUCCGGAAUCGAUGCUACCAACGUCGGUGACGAAGGUGGUUUCGCUCCUCCUCUUGAAGGUGCAGAUGAAACUCUGGAAGUUUUGUCUGAGGCUGUCGAAAAGGCCGGAUACACUGGACAAGUCAAGAUCGCUCUUGACGUUGCCAGUUCCGAAUUCUACAAAGAAGGCAAAUACGAUUUGAACUUCAAGGAUGAAAAGAACCCCAAAUUGAUCACCGGUAAGGAAUUGGCUGAUUUGUACAUCUCUUGGAUCAAGAAAUACCCCAUCAUCUCUAUCGAAGACCCCUUCGACCAAGAUGACUGGGAGGCAUGGUCAUACUUCCGUGCUAACAGCGGUGUUACCGUUAUCGGUGACGAUUUGACAGUCACAAACCCAUUGCGUAUCAAGACAGCCAUCGAAAAGAAGGCAUGCAACGGUCUUUUGCUCAAGAUCAACCAAAUUGGUACAAUCUCUGAGUCAAUCCAAGCUGCUCAAUUGGCACAAUCUGAUAACUGGUCAGUUAUGUGCUCUCACCGUUCGGGUGAAACUGAAGAUGUGACAAUUGCUGAUUUGACUGUCGGUUUGGGAACUGGUAUUAUCAAAACUGGUGCACCAUGCCGUAGUGAACGUGUUGCUAAAUACAACGCUCUUUUGCGUAUCGAAUCUUUGGAAAAGGAUGCCGUUUAUGCUGGUAUCAAUGGUUUCACUCAAGGUGAAGCUGCACCAAAGGUUUUGGAAGGCCGCAAGUAAGCUGCUAGCUGCUAAUGCUUUUUGGUGGAGAGAGCCUACACAAAAUUUUAAUUAGAUUCGUUGUAGAGAGG